AUGCUGCGCCACGUGCUGUGCGUGUUGGUCCUCGCGCUGUGCUGCUGCACGUCCUUCUGCGUGACUGCUGAGGCUGAGGCUUCCUCUGUGCCACCCGCAGUUGGUUCAGGGACUCCAGCGGAGGUGUCCGCGCAGGAGGAGGACGUGACGGCGAGGACGAAGACUUUGGAGGCCGCGAACAAGACAGAGGCGGCAGCAAUUUCUGCGAAGGAGGCACUGGAAAGUGCUACGGUGGCAGCGGAUGAAGUCAUGAAGGCCGCAAGGAACGUGGUGGACGAGUGCAAGAAAGGAAAAACUGACAAAACAGUUGAUCUGGUGCAUGCGCUGCAUAAAGCACUCAGGAAGAUAUUGCUCCCUCCGAAGAAAAGAGUUGUGGGAAAGAAAGAUCCGACUCUUGCAGACAUUAAGAAUCCAGAGAUACGGACACAGAUUGAAGGUGCAAAGAAGAAUGCUUUGCCUGCGACGUCAUUACUUAAAGACGCGGUGGGUAAAACAGCUGCGCCUGUGAAGAGUGCAGAUGCGCCAGUGCAGCAGGCAAGGGCAGCGGUGGAGAAAGCCAGCGAGGCCCUGAAGAACGCGGCAGCAGGAGCGACGGAGAUAUUGGAUGUCGUUCGUAAUGUCAAUGGCAUUGCGUUGAAGGGGAGCACGGCGGCGGUGCAGUUGCACACGGCUUUGACCAAAGUUGCAGACGUAAUGAAACGUAUUUCAGAGUCUCUGGGCACUGUAUUGAAUCUUGCGGAUGAUACCUUGGUGUUGGCAAACUCCGAGAGUGCUUCAGCAGGUACUCAGACUGAGGACGAAAAGUUUGCAAACUUAACGAAGACGGCGAAGAAUAUCUUGGAUGACUUUGAUGCACUUAUGUCAGAAGCCGAAAACGUCACGGACGCCGCUGACGCCGCAUUAACCGCAGCUGAUGCGGUGGUGACUGAGGUGACGGCUGCGGAGCCGGAGGCUGCGGCUGCGGUGAAGGCGGCCACUACGGCGAAGGCGGCGGCUCGUGACGCGUUGACGCAAGCGGAGGGUGCG